CUCCGCGAAAGGGUGUGCGUUUUGAAGGUUGUAUGAAGCUAAACACCACAACAGAACGACUCACUCCUCACUUGGUUGGACAACCCGGGACAAAACCCUUUGAAGCUGAGGCGGAGCACACCUCAGGUCUUCCCUCAUCCUCCCUCUGGAGCGGAGACCCCGACCAAGGUCUUGUCCUCCCGGGUACACGCGGUGGAAAUGCGGCAUACGCGGACAAUUACACCUGAAAGUUUAAAUACAUAUGGUACACGGCAAAAUGCAAUGUGGCAGCUUUGUGGCUUCUCUUCAAGGUCAGUGUCUGAACGCCGCCGCCUCACGGACGAGUGUCUUGGGCAGUGAGGAGGAAGACGAGGCGUGGAGGGGAUGCCGCUGUGUCUCGCUCGCCUCCAGCAUCAACAGUGACAUCUUUCACCGACGGGGACACUGGUAGCCGCUGUCGGAAAACUUGUGAAACACCGCAGUGAAAACAUUUAGGAGAAGUUUGACAUUUACAGCACUCCUGUUUUUGUUGGUGUGUAAAGAAAGUCAGUCCAGCAUUCUGACAUUUCCUGCUUUCUUUCACCCGACCGCCCUGUUGUUGUUAAGACGGUUUUACCUGUGCUACAAAAACGACUGAAGCCUGGCUAACUGACAAAAUGGAUGUUGAGUUCGGUUUGAAUUAGUAGAACCGACCGUUGGUGACGGUUGUGUUCGACGGUUUGUUCCAGCGUUACGAAGUUUAAACCGGCUCAGCCCUGAACAACUUUUCAUGAACUCGCUUUCUUUAAUUUUCUCCUUCGUCUGAAGUUAGUUUUUGUUUCUCAAAAUGCCUUCGGGGGCAGGUUCACACAACCCAGCCGGUAUCGGGAGGAGUUUGCCGGAGCGGGGGCUUCUCCUGCUGAUGGUGUUGGUGUUUCUGGAGGGCUCCGUGCUUCCUCUCGGAGCUGCCAGCUCUCCGGAUAUCAGACACCAGGAAAAUGUAGACAAUCACAAAGCCGCAGACCCAGGACACAACUUCACUAAAAAGGCCUUUCCUGUGCUCGACCUCGACUACAAACACAUACAGACUCCCUUUGAAAUCUCACUAUGGGUGCUGCUAGCUUCUUUAAUGAAAUUAGGUGAGUAUCAUAGAGAAAAGUCACGUCGCUUCUGUGUUGUGUUAAUGUUGCUCUACCAGGAAAUGCUAGCUCUGGGUUGGGUUAUGUGGCCUCUACUACAGGUGUUGUUAAGCAGGUAUAUGAUGUCAGUUGUACUGAUGCACCAUUUACCUCCAUAUCAAAACAAACAGUCUAUUUUUAGAUCCUAGCCACAUGCAAAAUAAGAGGACAGUGAUACAGGGGAGUGUGUAUUAAUCAGAUCAGUAGAGAUAUCCCCUCUGAGAUCAUCCUCAAAUAUUUAGGCUGUGUCAUGAAUCAGAUUACAUGCAUGCAAAUAUGUCCACUCACAGGCCUGCAAUGACUGACAGCUACUAUCUGGCCUCAAGGUUGACAUGGCUGCUCUUUUCUGUUUACUAAUUCGAGCUGCUCUUGGUAUGCUGCUGAUACUACAAGCUUGACCAGAAUGCCUUAAUUUGAUUAUUGAGUCAAGAGAAAAUCUAUCAUCAUGUUGGCACAGAUUACUCAUCAGAUCUGUAAGCGUCACAUGGGGGGGUCUUUUGCUGGGUUUGUACUAUCUCUGUGCUUCAGUGAUGACUAAGCAGCUUGAUGCAGCAGUCUGGAUUUUGGACAGCAACCAUUAUGUUGCAAGAUUUCAUCACAGGGGAACCUCCUGUUCUGUCGCACCGUUUUGUGUUAGUAAAGCUUUGCAGCAUUGUCAUAAAGGAUGCAAACUCAUGGAGAGCCAUUUUGGGAUUUUAACUGAAGACGGCUGAAACACUUUUGAAAAGCUCUCCCUCUGUUGCUGUACUGUUUCAUUUUCCUCUCUUUGUUGAAUCAUAACUCCCAUCAGUCCUCUCCUUGCUUUGUGCUCUCCACAGAUAACUGCUUUUGUCCUCCCCUGUUGCAUUUCAUUAAGAGACAGCAGCUUGUCAAGUUGCCUGCGGCAUCAGGGGCCCAGUGGACAGGAUAGGAUGCUUCUUGGCUAUUUUGGCAAGAAGCCUAGUUAAAGAGAGACCACCUGGCUCUGAUGGCUUUCUGUUUGGACACAGCUCAAGGGCAUGGUUUGGAAAUGAGAGGUAAGGGUAAGGAGAGAGCUAGAGAAAUGAUGGAAGUGUGGCAAACAGACGGAAGGCAGAAAUAAGUGAGCUGACACCAGCAGAAGCAGACAAUGGUGACCUUAAGCCCUCUGAUUAUCCCCUGACUGCUGUAAAUGGGUUGCGGAUAAUUCAGUGUGUCUGCUGCUACACUGCUCAUAGUUGGACCAGCGUCUGAUUCAUGCUCACAGUCGGUUCUAAUAGCUUAGGAGCCUGAGAAAGCGUCAUCAGUCCAUUUAUCUCCCAAGCAGCACUGUCUCUGAGAAUGGUGCCUUCUUGACCUUAUUUUAAGAGACUUUUUUUUUCUUGAACUGGUUGUACCCGGUGCGAACACUUUCUAUUUAAAUCACAGUUUAGUGGAUGUUACCCACUCUGUGUGGUUUAGCCUUGAGUCGAUGACACAUUCUCUCCUUUGGCUCCAAUAAUUGGGCUAUUUACCAAAAUUACACAGGCAGAAACAUUCAUUUUUAACCCUUAUGAGACUGUUAGUGACACUGAAAGCUUGGUAAACAAUCAUCGUGAAAUAAUAAAGAGUUUUGACCCUGCGUUCAGAGGAAGGGUGUGUUUGAAAAGAUCCGUUAAGUCAUAAUCAAGACGAAUUAGCCUCUAUCUCGCCAGGGAUCUGAAUGACUUUGCCCCACAUCCAUUGUGUGGGUUGUUGUAUCCCAAGAGGCACUCAUAAACAAGACAGUUGAACAACAAUGAGAACACUGUAGGGAAGGUUGUAAUGUUUACAGCUACUUCAAACACACCCGGCACUCGCUUCAAGAUUGACCUUCCUGUUAGAUUAGCCCUGAUAGUAUUUCAUAGUAACACACGAGAAGGAGAUGAGACACACUUUCUGGUACUCUGCGUUUGUGGCCGUGAAGCCCCUCCCUCCAAGGAGUCUCCUUGUAACGUGUCUGACAAGUCCAGUUAGUCUCACCUUCCAUUUAUUAUUCACAACUGGGCAAACAGUUUGAAGACAUGGUGUGUGUUACUGCAGGAUGAAAACUGCUCAUCAUUACUCACAAGGGAGCUUUUGUUUGACUACAGUUUUAGCCAUAAAAGGAGUUAGAAAGCAACUUAAAUCUACUAAACGGAGUCAAAGUGAAGUGAAAAUUGUCUGUUUUUUCAAUUUGUUUGGUAAUAUAGAGUUAUUCAAAACACUGCAGACUAGGAAAGCAUAUUUGGCCAAACUUUUCGGACACUGUUCAUCAGAUUCAGUCCAGUCCAAAUGCAUUUAAAAAUCACAUUUAAAAACAAUCAAACAUUCAUAAAAUAGCCUAAUACACGUGAUGAAACAGAGGCUUCAUGUUGCUGGAUUCUGACAUAAAAAUGAAAAGGAUUUGAUACAGCAGAAGCAUUUGAGUCACGAGGAUCCUCUUAGAAGUGCUGAAUUUUUAUUACUGUUUGUAGAAGAUAUUUUGGUAGUGCAAAUAUAGAACUGAACUAGCUGGUACCAGGCAUGCUUUCUUCAUUGUAACCAGGCUUUCUUGACAAUCACAGACAAGCACUUAAAGUUGGUGGGAAAAACUGUGUGGUUAUGCAGAUGUUCAAAGAGCAGUCAGGUCAUUUGUCAUGUUGUGCUUUUGCAGUCUACUUCCCAUUUAAUUUCCUGCUAGAUGUCACGUUUGGGUCUGUUUUUUUUUUUUAUAAACAGCUGUAUUUGCACAACUUUUAAGCUGCUGUUUGAGAAGAUCUUUUUCUUUGAGGACAAUUGAGCUAUCUAUCUGUUUAGACAGCAGGAAGGGACAUUAUUGGGAAGGCAGAUGACUGCUGUACGUUCAUUCAUUCUGGGGUCAUUCUGGGUUCAGCCACAGCCGUGACUACGAGCGUGCACACUAUGAAACCGUGCGCUGAUAAAAAUGUCUUUCAGUCUUUGUUGUACUGUAAGAUAUGACACACAUUCAGGUAACUGAAGCAAACCUAGAGUGAUAGUUGGAAUAUGAAAAUGUAUUGUCAGCAGCUGGUAAUUAUUGAGUUUUUGUGCCAACUCCUUUUACUGGCUCUGAUUUUUACACCUGAGGAUUUAAUUACCUGUUGUUCAUGUUUUGACUUGUAAUAAUGAACUCUAAUCUGCAGUUUGGGAUCAAGAGUCAAACUGCUCGGUCUAAUUUUCUCAAAGCCAUUAUGUCUUGAUUAAAACUAUUCAAGGAGGCUGCAGCUAUCUAGCUUGAUUGUUUACCAGGUCAGUGCUCCUCUAAGGGACCUGCCCUUAUCUUUUGUAAAUAAUCGAUGACAGAGACAUUUAUCUGUAUCAAAGGGCUGACCUACAAACCACCUGUGUAUGUAGUCAGUCUUUAGGAGUACCCAUCCCAUUAUGUCUCUUCUGCUGCCCUCACUUCAUUUUCUUAAACUAAUAAACCCCUCUUUUUUGAUGAAAUUGAAACUUGGAACAGCAUCCUAGAUUUAUUAUUAGAUUGCAGACUGUGUACAACAACGUCUGACCGUACUUAGAUAAGACACACGACUCUCAGCGGUUUAAUGAAUUCAUUUGUUGUCACAGAGUCCAAAGUUGUAGGAACGGGCAAACCCAUUAAGAAUCAUCAACUUUUAGUGUCGUCUUUAUCUUUCAAGUCUUGGUGGGAAAGUUUCCAGGUACAUCAUUAGGUAGUCCACCCUUGGCAAAGCUUCACUGUGUCACAAGCUAUAAACAUCUUUUAUGGUGUUCUAUCUAUUUUCAGGCUUUGUUGAACACAUUCUUAUAGAAAAAAUGACAAUGCUCAUUAGGGCUGGGCGAUAAACCAGACAAUAACGAACGUAUAUAACGAAAAAAAAUAACGAAAGAUGCUUACCUACAUCAGAAACGUGACGCCACCCCAUUCAGUCCGUAACAAAGAGGGAAAGACAGGUGAGGAGAUGGAGGAUGGUUCAAAAGUUGUAGCAGGUAAAAAGGCGGCUGAAGUAGUUGAAGUUAAUUUGGGAGGGGGUGAGCAGCUUGUGGAGUAGUAUCGAAGUGAACAGCUCAAUAUAUCGUGAUAUUGAUUUGAGGACAUAUCGCCCAGCCCUACUUUACUCUGUACAGUUACUCCACAUCAACAUGUGGACUCUACAGAGCCUGAGUAGAGCUGCGUUUCUAAGACACUCGAUACUGUCACUGGGUUGUACUCCUUUCAGUCGUUACAGCUGGAGAUGUUCCUGUGAGAUACUAAAGGUUCUGUUGCAUGAAAAUGUAACCCAAAGGAGAAUACCUAUCCUUCUUGUACUGACAUGCAGAUACGUCAGGAAGCUCACCAGCAGCAUUGCAUUAUUAAUCGUUUUAUCCAACAGUUGUCUUGUGAAAGCGAUUUCAAGAACAUUAGUUUGUCUCAUACACUCAAAUGAUGACUCACAGCCACUUGUUCUCUGGAAGUUGCGUCAAUUCAACUUAAUGUGGUGACCUUCCUGUGACAAUCAGUAUGUUAGGGUCAGGCCAUAUUUAAAAUAUUGGUUUGCAGAAGGGGAAACGAAUGAAGUGACUUUCGGAAUGUUUUUUUCCCUCCACUGCCGGCUUAAACCAGCAGAUUUGGGUACCAGGGAUGUGCAAUUAGUCACCUGGCAACAGGACACAGCUCCUGAUCGUGUGGAACAAGUCACAGGCUGUGCUGACACUCGAUGCACGGACUAGAAGUGAAAGAGCCGUUACCCUUUGUUGGUUUUUAAUAACCUUGCUGCAUUUAGGCUCUCAGGGAGGGCGUGCAGCAAGGAAGGACACAGCGGCUGUCUUUUAUUGACAAGCAGCCAGUAUGAACAGGCUUAUCUCACAGUUCAAAACUCCACCCUCGUGAUAGCCUACAUGAUGUCUUCUUUCAUACACUCAGUCCACUUCACAUUUAUCUAUCUUAUACAUACGCCUUGACAACACUUCUACUCGUAUGCCAUAGGUUACUCUUUGAACUCCCCAGCCCUACUUUUCCUUAUCUUAUCUACAGUGCUUUGGCUCUUCACUUGAUGAGCACUGAGGCCAUAAUUGAAGUCAUGCAGGACAGAUUUAAGAAUGUGUGAACUGUCACCACUUAGUCUUGGCUGGAAGUUUCAGGCUCUGCUGAGCCUCUUUGUCCCCAAGUCCCAGACCUGCUGAGAGCUCUUUGUUCCUUUACAUUGUGAAGGCUUAGUAUCGAUGCAGAAAUGGCUUUUUGUCUCUUUCUCUUCCUGAUUCGUCAGCAUGCACAGUCUGCUCUUGUCCCUUCUGGUCACCCUUGAAUGAUAAUGGGUCAUUUAGUGAGUCAUUAUUGCAUCCAGUGUUUAGUUUGCCACCGCUGGAGGCUCCAGCUGUAAUGCGUUUAGUCCGUUCAGUUGUGACCUUUCCUGAAGAGCGACAAGCCUGCCGGUCUGGUAUUGAAGGUUUUUUAUAAAUGGCAAUCUUUGCAGAGAGAUUCCAAUAGUUGAGCAAUGUUCUGUCUUAGAGUUCCAAAACAUGCAUGUGGAUUCUUAUAGUAAAAAGUGAUGUACAAUUCAAGUCAAUAACAUUAUAGCAAAGAGACAGAAAUUCUUAUUGUAGUCCUAACUUAUGUUUUCUGAACGUUUUACCCCUUUGUACGGCUGGGUGAUAUGGCCUCAAAUCAAUAUCAUAAUAUAUUGACCUUGAUAAUGAUAAAUGGACGAUAACUACUCCCCCUCCCACGUUAACUUCGUCUACUUAAGCCGCCACUCCAGCCGCUACAACUUUUGAACUGUCCUCCAUCUCCUCACCUGUAUUUCCCUCCUUGUCAAAGACUAGAUGGGGUGGAGUCACGUCUCUGACAGCGUCUUAAAGGGACAUGAGACCAUAGCCUACCAACACACAUCCAAAACCAGCUUUUAUUUCUUUAUUUUUUUUUACACUGAAUGUACCGAUAUGGGCAAAGUGACGUUGGUUAUUGUUUUCAAUUUAUGUAUUAGUAAAUUUUCAGUUUAUCACCCAGCCCUACCCCUUAGUUAUGUAAACCAUAGAUUUUUUUCCUCAUUUUGGAAAAUACUGCAUUAUUUCAAAACAAAACUUUGUUAAACAUGAAGAAAUUUGCCGAAGUGCACGUAGGAAAUGUCAAUAUGCCGUACAGUUAUUCCAAGAUCAGUUUGAUCCAGUGGUCCCUGGUUGAUGUGAGAGCAUUUGCACUCUUCAGGAGCUCCAGUUUGUUUGCUUGCUCUGGUUAAUAUAAAUCCUAAAUGCAUGGCUGUCGCCUCUUGCAGCUGUAAGAUAUAUCAAACAUACCAACCAGUGGGCGUCCCUCAGUUCUGAAGUGAUUUACACGCUCUAAAGUAGUGCUCUGCCAGCUUUUGUGAUACAGUGUCCCGCCGACAUCAGUCUGAUUAGCUGCGUCUUUAUGCUAAGCUUGUAAGUGGGAGCUCAAACUCAAAGUGCUCUCAUGAAAAUUAAAGUACAUAUUACCUUUCACUUAUCAUCUGAGCUGUGCUUUUCAUUUUUUAAAAUGUAAGGUCGCACUCAGAAGCACUGCCUUUAUCUGCCACAGCAGCUUAAAUAAAGAGUACCAAAUGAGUGUACGCUAAAAAAAGUAACUAAUGAUUAUUCCUCUUUGAAAGACGGGUUUAUAGCAUUAUCUUAAAUGGACUGUGUCCCUGAAGUAGCUAAAACUCAACUGUGUUAGUAUAGAUUAGAAAAUUCUAUAUGAUACUGAACUGUGAUAAAACGUCAUCUUUUAUUUGGUAGAACAUACGGACUCUCGAUUUAGUCUUUCUAUGUGUUUUUUUAUCGCUUGAUUAAGUUUUAAAUGCCAGCCUAUUGUGGCCUUUUUAUGGAUCAUGAAUUAUAGAGUGAAAGCUGUGGGCCAAAGACCCCCUUACGCUCAGGUUCAUUACUUAAUGCCACACGGAAGACGACUUUGCACAAGGGAUCAUGGGAGUCCUUGUCUUCUAUUAAUAACCCUACUUGGUGCCCCCCAUGUUGUCCUCUGGAUUCAGUUUUACAAGUUUCUCUCAGGAGGACUUUGAAGUUCUGUCAUGAGAAAAAGAAAACUGUUCAUGUGACCAGAGGGCCUCCCUGUCAGCAACCCAAAACCUGAACUGCUCAGUAAAGCAGUACACAGGAGAUUAAGUUUGCUGAAGUUGGCGUCUACAAGGUUCAAAGUUCGGCUGAAUGAAUCUGUGAAACCCCGUCUCGCUGUCUCAUAGUUCUCCUUGUGAGCAUGCUGGAAAUCAACAUGUGUUUUGAGUCCAGUUGCUUAUUUAAAUUAGGUUAUAAAGAGCAUUCCAUUCUCUGUGAUUUUCCAUGCACAAGCUAUAGGCAUGAGACUCACUCAGCUAUAAGACACGAUUGCAGAGUUUCUGCAACCUUUUCCAGUGUCUUCAGGUUCUCCUGGCUGUAUCGCUGUGCUGCCAUUCGGCCUGAUAUCAUACUUACACGUGAUGUUUACCCAGAAAUGUCAAGCAUAAGACCCCUCGGGAUCUGUGAAAGUAAAUAGUCUUUGUUUGCAGACCUCAUUUCUGGGAUCCCAGUAUUCCUUGGUGUAUGCACUGCCAUCUGCAGCCUGCUAUUAACUUGCAACUGGUUAAGCAUGUUGGUUUUCUACUGAAGACAAUGCUUCAUGCCUUAUUAGUAGACAUAUGUUGUGUGCUAACAUGGAGUGUUACUGGAUCAAGGUUGAUAAUAGGUUAUGUUUCUUUGUAGAGCCUCUCAGCAUCUGUUCUUUGUCUGAUAUACCUUUCACAGUUGCAGUGAUAUCAUAAGUGUUUUCAGUGGCACAGAUGCAGAAAAAGGUGUAAUGCAGAAAUCAGGGCUUGGGAUGAGUUGGAGCUGGUGUCAUCAAAUAUAUCAUCCAGGAGGUGGUCUCAGAAGUCUCUAGUAUUUAUUCCUCAUUUGGCUAUAAUCAACCAAAGAAAUUCUUGGUCGACUGAAACCCUGAAAUUUUUGACCAAAAAUCGACUAAGGUGGGCUCAGUGAGGUGAAAAUAUACUGAUAUCAGCACAAGAAGGCAGUUAAACAUCUGUUUCCCGACUUCUAUUUUAGAAAAAUUCUGCCACACUGCUGAUGUCUUUGACAUGGAUGGUAGAGGAGGACUCACAUGAAAGUUGAAACGCUUAAAACAUAACCACCGGACCCGGGUUUUUUUUUGUUUUUAUUUUUGUAGGAUGGUAGGUGAAGGUCCCGCCCUCCUUCACCUCUGAUUGGCUAGAAGUGCUGGGCUCCGAUUGGUUAUUCCUUAUGGCUGUGAAACCUCAUCGUCUCUCGGGUUAGGGUUCGGAUUAGGAGACUCAGAAGUGCGAUAAUGUUUUGUAAUGUUCUGUUCGAUGUACAGAGCCGACAGCCCAGGUUUGGCUUGAGCGUGUGAUGAUGUUUCCAGCUUUUCUAGCCAAUCAGAGGCGAAGGAGGCUCUGAAAACAGCCCCAUUAGCACUUUGUACGUUCCUACUGAUGAAAUUAACCAUAGACUGUAAACUGACACGGAAAAAAUCAAGCUGGUACCUUCCACACUUAUAGUCUAGUUGCGUUUAAUACUCUUUAAGCCUUCGUAGAGAUUCAGGAUCUGUGAACAUGAGUUGUUAGUACUAUCUCACCUUCAGUCUUCUUAAACCCUUUAUCUUGUCUUGUGAAGAGGUAUUGUACUUCUGUCAAUCUCAGACCUAGCUGUGGAAUUUACAUCCUGUUCGCCACAGAAACUUUCCAGGGGAGACACAAAGUUUCUGUUGCGCCUAUCAAAGAAUAUCUCUGUUAACCCACCAGGCCUCCUUGGAGUUGUGGGUGUCGCCUGUUUUCUAAUAAAGUGCUCUGGGAGGGAAGAGCGCUCAGCCUCUGACAUCUCAUUGUGGGGAAAUUAGGUCUCCACAGAGCGUUUAAAAGGAAGGCUUCCUCGCUGUCUCUCCUCAGAGCAUGCAGCUGGAUAAUCCACAGACAUGCACUUGUUGAGCUUGUGCACUGAAACACUAAUACUGUUGUCUUUACCCCUCCCCCCCUUUCUUCAGAUGUGUGAGAUUUUUAAAUUUAGCUGCUAAUUUUUCACACGCUGUGAGGCUGUCAAAUGAUAAGAUGUAGGACCCACAUUACUUCAGAUAAUGACGUGCAUUUUGUCUCUAAUUUGAUGCAACAGUUUUGUUUACUUUCAUUAUUAGUUCUUGUUUACUAGUGAGCAUUUGUGCAACAUCUGGCAAUUACACAACAUUAGGUUCAGCUUGCUGUGAAUAUUAAUCAUUAUAGCUCUUCUGUCAUCCUCCCUGUGCAAACUGGAGCCAGCCUGAGCAGCUCACCUGCAGGCCCGCUCGAUCUCUCCUCACGAAGCGAGCGCAUCCCUGUGGUUAACGUGCCAGAUGGUCCUUUUUUGUACAUAUUUUGCUUAUUGAUUGUUUAUAAUGCGCAGCCUUGGGUGCUUUAAUUCGAGCCCCCGACUGUUUCACGGCUUAUUAUUUCUGUGCAAACGCGUCUCACAAUUCGAAACAGAAAUUAUAGGGGUGGGUGGACUUAACAAUUCCAUGAAAAAGCUGCAGCUCGGGUCUGAUAUGAAAAACAUCUUGUUGACACGGCCCAAUUAACCCGUCAAACCCUCUGAUUCAGCCUGUUAUACAAACACCCACACUGAGGGUUUUUGUGCCACUCACAGGAGCAUUAAUUCCUCAUGAGGCAUGUCAAAUUGGGUUGAAUCAUCGGUUAUUUUACACUCAUGGCUAAAAACAACAAAUCCAGGUCCUGCUCACUAUGAUAACAUCUAAUUGUAUGAUCAUAUUAUCUCCCUCUAUAAGAGUCCUCUUUCCACAUGAGCAUGUAACCAUAUCUGUUUCAUACGCCUGUCUGUGUGCGUUUGUUAAUGUCAGUAUACAGUAUAAUGUCAUCAGCUGGUGCAGUGCAAUGUUUACAGUAAAUAUAGCCACGGAAGAUUUCAUGCUAUAUGACACAUGCUAUAACUCUUUGAAGUACUUGUUGACUAUUUCUGCACAGGCUGCGGGUGUCAUGUCGCCACAUUGCGUAUAUACAGUGUGUGGCCUUGUCUGUGUUUAUGGUUGCGUGUCAAACUCACGCUGGUGGUAUACUUUUAGAGUGAAAAGCUUUAUCUCAAAUCGCCAUGUUGUGUUGGUUUGAUGAUUUAUCAUGCUGUUGAGUUUUGGCGUAAACGGUGAUGCUGGAGACUUUCCUUCAGAGCUGCAUGUGCUGCAACAUGUGAGCAAUACAGCCUCAAGCAAUAGCAGAUGAUUGCAAAGUGGGCAAGUUUGGAUUAGGAUGAUAACAUGUAGACAAAGACUCACCAGCUGAAUUUCUAUAAGUUCAUUUUCAUGCAUGUGAGCUCGAGGCAUUCAAGUAUUUUAAACUGCAGCCUCGACAUGUCAUGUGAGAUCUGUCUACAAUACAUGUUUUGCAUACUAUUUCCAUUUUUUCCUUGUGAUUCCUCAAGGCUGUAUUGUUCGCAGUUAGCCACCCUGGUCACUUCACAGCAUACUAAACACCUUUCCUGUCCUUUUUCCUGUAAACAGAUUCAGAACUAAGGGUGCUGUUUGAUAAUUUGAGAUUAUUCAAGAUUUAUCAGACCCUAGAAGUUGAAAUCACCAAACAAUGUAUGCAAGUUCUGACAUGUCUGCUAAAACUGACACACCAAUCAACAACCCAUAUUUACAUGCUCAGGAACACUGUGUGUCAAACUGUUUGUUUUUGCACAACAGAUUUGAGCAAACUGCACGUGCAGCUCAAGAAAUGAGACUAACCCAAAAAAGUUAUAUGUGUUCAAGACUUUUUUUUUGUUUGAUUCUUGAUGAUUAAGACAAAAAUCAUAACUCCACUACCUCAAAACAUUAGAAUAUUGUUGGCAGCUGUCCAGAAGACGAUCACUGACACCCUCCACAUGGAGAGAAAGCCUCAGAAGGUCAUUGCUGAAAAGGCUGACUGUUCACAGAGUGCUGGAUGAAAGCAGAUUUAUGGAAAAGUGUGGGAGGAAAAGGUGACCAAGCAACAGGGAUUCAAGAAGUCAGGGGAGCCUUAAAAAGAGUAGGCUGAGGCUGGAGUCAGUGUACGGACAGCCACACUACACUAUACAUAAUACGAGUCCAGGAAAUGGACUACAAGUGUCGUAUUCACACUUUAAAGGCACUCUUGAACCAAGGACAUUGUCAGAAGUGUCUAAGUGUCUGCUCAGAUGAAAAAGAACUGGAUGACUACUGAAUGGCCCAAAGUCCUAUUUUCAGGUGAAAGUACAUUUUGUACCUCUGGAAGUCAAGAUCCUAGAGUCUGAAGGAAAGACCACCAUGAGAUUUAAGAGCUCUUCGUGUUUCCAUCUUCUGAGAAGCUUUGUGGAGGUACAGAUUCAUUCUCCAGCAGGACUGGGCACCUGCCCACAGCGCCAAAACUACCAGAAACUAGUUCAUAAAUGAGGUUAUAGAUCCUUUUUUUGUUGUUAUAUCCUGACGUGUUGAGAUGGUGAAUUGUAUUCCUCAAGAAUAAAACAAAAAAAGUCUGUAAACAUUUCACUUUGUGUGCGAUGAAUCUUGAACAUGUAGAAGUUUGACUUUUUCAAAUUAAAUUAUGGGGAAAAAAUGAACUUUGUACUGGUCAUUUUAAUUUUUGGAGCUGUGCUUGUAUUUGAAUCAAUUGUAUUACUACCUGGAAGUCUUGAGCACCACCACAGUAACUGCCUUAUGUGAAGAAUUUGUCUUCUAGGUGGUGCCAGUACACUCACGGAAGUGUAGUAUGUCCCGUCUGAUUGCUCUUUUAAUGUCGUGUCAGCAAGUAUUCAAGUCACUCUAGCUGUCAGGGCCUUAAAAAGAAGAGGAGGAUAUACUUUACUGAGAGAGCAGAAGGGAUUCUCAAAUACCAUGAAUCCCCAAAGCAGUACAUUCUCUGUUUGUAGAUCUUUGUCUCUUCUGUUCCAGUACAUCUAAUAUGAGUUUUCGAUCCAUUUCCCAGGGUUCCAUCUGAUUCCUCGCCUGUCCAGCAUUGUGCCAGAGAGCUGCCUGCUAAUCACGGUGGGCCUGCUUGUCGGGGGGCUCAUCAAACUAGCUGGAGAACAGGUCCCCCCAGUGCUGGACUCCAGAUUGUUCUUUCUGUGCCUGCUGCCUCCCAUCAUCCUAGAUGCUGGCUACUUCCUGCCCAUCCGUCCCUUCAUGGAGAACCUGGGCACCAUCCUCAUGUUCGCGGUGGUGGGGACCCUGUGGAACGCCUUUUUCAUCGGGGGGCUGCUGUACGCCGUGUGUCAGAUCCAACCAGCCAAUCCAAAUCCACUCCACGCCAUGGAGCUGUUGCCAUGCCUGCUGUUCGGCUCCAUCAUCUCAGCUGUAGAUCCUGUGGCUGUGCUGGCUGUGUUCGAGGAGAUUCACAUCAAUGAGCUGCUGCACAUUCUGGUGUUUGGCGAAUCGCUGCUCAAUGAUGCAGUGACUGUGGUGAGUGACGAAGACAGGAAACAGAGAAAUAAAGUUGUUAGAAAACUUUCUUGUUUUCUUGAUGCUCAAAUAAGAUACACCGACUGAUUGUAGGAUAGUAUCUGCAUCUGGAAGUGUUUUUUAUUUCUAUUUAUCCCUAAAGCAGCUAAACCAAUCACUGAGGAGGUUCUAGAUUAGCUUCAAAUUGAUUAAUUCUGUUUUGUUUUUUUUUACAUUUACUAGGCUGACAUAGCUGUCAACAAGCAGCCGGUGAUCUGCUGACUAUCCUGUCACCGCACUAUUAUCCCCAGCUCUCAGCAUGGCAGCUGUUAGCUGGCCCUCUCUGACAGCCACAGUAUAAAGUUACUAUUGAUGCUAACGUUACACCAAGCAGCCUGGCAUUUUCCCCAAAGAAUACUGCGCUAAAUAUUUACUAUAAUACCGUUAUAUAAUACUAUGAUGCUCUGCGUGUCCAUUCAAUAAGGGCUAUUGUCUGCAGCUCACAUGUUUGGAUGAAAGUUCAGCUUGAGUGCAGAGGUAGGCUCUGUGCUGUCAUUGGCAGAGAAAAAAAACCUGCCUGCACUGUCUCUCUGUGCUGUCACUAAUUCAAGAAGAGAGAGAGAGGGAGGGAGGGAGGGAGAGAGAGAGAGAGCCUGUCUUGUGUCUUGGAGCAGGGGGGGUCAGGGUUGAAUUGGGCGUGAGGACAUUGCAGUAAGGACUGAGGCUGAGUAAGAGGUGCAUGCUCAGGAUGGCCCUGACACAGGCAGUUUGGAGUAUAGCAGAGCACGUCAGCCUGUUUGUGAUAGACAGAUAGUCAGGCUGCUUCUGCAGAAAUGUUAGAACCUCUUUUGCUGGAAGUGUGGCCCAUAUGAUGCUGAUAAAUACAAAAUAAAGAGUACUUUUCACCUGGUGAUACCUGUGUUUACUCAUUAAUCUGAUUAUCUGUCUCAUUCACUCUUUCUCUUCUAGGUGUUGUACCACCUGUUUGAGGAGUUUGCAGGUGCUGGCACUGUGACUGUGAUGGACGGCGUCCUGGGAGUCAUCUCCUUCCUGGUUGUAGCGUUGGGUGGCGUUCUAGUCGGAGCUAUCUACGGGAUCCUGUCCGCGUUUACGUCUCGUUUCACCUCCCACACGCGUGUCAUCGAGCCACUUUUCGUCUUUGUGUACAGCUACAUGGCUUACCUGUCCGCUGAGAUGUUCCACCUGUCUGGCAUCAUGGCGUAAGUUUGAAAGAGAUAGAGUGAGCAGAAAGUGACGCUUUCACAGAGAGGCCUGUCCAUCGUUAAUGCUUUCACUGUGGUUUGAGUAGGGCUGGGCGAUAAACUGCAAAUUUACCGAUACCGAAAUUUACAACAAUAACUGAUGUCGUUUGCCCAUAUCUGUAUAUUUGGUGUCAAAAAGAUAAAUAAAUAAAAGUUGGUUUUGGAUGUGUGUAGGUAGGCUAUGGUCUCACGUCCCUUUAAGACGCUGUCCUACAUCAGAGAUGUGACUCCACCCCAUCCAGUCCGUAACAAAGAGGAAAAGACAGGUGAGGAGAUGGAGGACGGUUCAAAAGUUGUAGCGGCUGAAGUUAAUGUGGGAGGGGGUGAGCAGCUUGUGGAGAAGUUAUCGUCCAUUUAUUGUUAUGGAGGUGAACUGCGUGUAUAUUGAUAUAUCGCAGUAUUGAUUUGAGGCCAUAUAGCCCAGCCCUAGCAUCGAGGGUCAUCCACUCCAGUUUAAUAGCUCACUUUUAUCUUUCAAUUUUUUCCCUUUGGGCAACCACAAGGACAUCAAACUUGUUCCUUGGCUGCCAAAAAUAAAGAUAUUAAUUUGCCUCCAUGCUUCGAUCCGGGACCACAUACUGUCUCUGCUUAGCCAAUAACAUUUCCAUUUCUCUGGCUUUGAUCUGGCUCGGUUCUGCUUCAUUUUCAUUAAGGCGUGCAUGCCGUCAGAGCCUUCACACAGCUGGCAUGUGCAGCAGAGCUCAGAUCCACUGUUAAUUUGAGUGUAUUCUGACAGUAAACAGGGCUCCACAUGCACAGCUAUAUGCCAAUCAAACACAGGAACACACAUACAUAAAUUAAGACAUAAACUGCUGCACAGUGGAGUGACUUUACUGCGCCUUUAUUAUGAGCAAACAAUCCAUUUCCACCUAAACAUUUGGCUGCGUGCGGGGCGAAACCUGAGGAAGCUGAAGGCAAAACACAUUGUUCACCCACAGUAAAGCUACUGAAGUCAUUUCAGUGUGCAGGGUUAACUUCUUAUUUUAACAUGAGUGUUUGAUUGUUGAAUAUGUGUUUGUUGACUUAACCUUCUUAACAGAAAAGAAAGUGUUUGAGCAGACUGCACAGCUGGGCUACAAGCACAUACAGCCAAUUUUGACAUGCUGUUGUUCAGUGGGUAAAGAUAUCUUCAUCUAGAAGCACGUCUAUGUAAGCAAAUCAGGGAGCCAUGGGAGCUCAGCUCAGGAUCUCUAACAGGAUAUGACAAAGGGCCCGUUGUGAUAACGCUUGUUUGCCUUUGCACUGAAUCCGAAGUUUGAAAAAAUAAAACAACUUUGGUAUGCCAACACUUUCCAAUCAGAGGUAAACACAAAGAGCUGCAAAAGAGGGCGAGAUACAGGUUCAGAAAUGAUCUUUGUAACAUUUUUAAUAAGGUAGGGCUGCUUGAUUUGAGCUCUUUUAUACUUUCAUAUAAUCCCAGACUGCAGAUCUAACUAAUCAUUCAGUCUUUUCAAGUCUUGGUAUAUUGUGUUUUAUUGCCCCAAGAUUUGUUUAUUUAUGUUUUAUAAAGAUUUUGAUAGAUAGACAAUGUCCCUCACUUUUUAGUCCAGCAGUCUAGGGCUGGGCGAUAUGGCCUCAAAUCAAUAUCACGAUAUUUUGAGCAGUUCACCUCGAUAACAAUAAAUGGACAAUAGCAACUCCACAAGCUGCUCACCCCCUUCCACAUUAACUUCGUCUAAUUCAGCCACUGCUCCGGCUGUUACAACUUUUGAACCAUCCUCCAUCUCCUCACCUGUCUUUCUCUCUUUGCUACGGACUGGAUGGGGUGGAGUCACAUCUUCGACUCAGGAGAGCAUCUUAAAGGGACAUGAAAACAUAGCCUACCCACACACACUCUAAACCAACUUUUAUUUAUUUAAUUUUUUGACAACAAAUAUAUUGACAUGGGCAAAAUGAUGUUGGUUAUUGUCGUAAAUUUCUGUAUCUGUAAAUUUUUGGUUUAUCGUCCAGCCCUACAGCAGUCAUUUGUUCACUACAGCCUCUCUCUCGUCCCUUGGCUUUUCAGACACACACUCCUGCCUCCUCCUGCUCCUCUCCCUGCUCUCCUCUCUCCAAAUGUUGGAGCCUAAUGAAUUAUACCGUUGUUGCACAACAUGUUGAAGAUACCACUGUUUAUUUUAGCUGGAGCCGCAGCUUCCUUGUGCUUUCACGCCGAUCCGAGCUGUUAAUGACAAAGCCAAAGUGAGAGCUGUUUGAAGGGAGGGAUGGUGCCCACUCUCUGCUGUGAAGAAUAGUGCUGUUACUGUGUGUCGGCGCUCUGUGGCAGGUGUAAAAUAGUCCAGCUGUUUCAGGGACGUCCCUCAUGUAUCGCAUGUUCAUAAUAUAUAGUCCCUCUCUCAGCCAUGAGAUGUCAUGGUCUAUAUCCAACAUCCUCGUGCAGAGAAGCUCUAUUUCAGUCACUCAACUCAAGAGCGUGGCAGAUUACUCUCCCUGUAACCAGUCAUAUAACAGAUUACACUGAUCUCCCAACACCUCGGUCAAGCCUGAAUUUAUUGGCAUCCCAAUGUUCUCUGUCUCGUCAGCUCUUCCUCCAGAAAAUAUCAAUCUAUUUUCAGUUUUAAGGUGCGAGGAGUUAUUGAUGUUGCGGAGAGGAGGUGAUGAAAUACUGAGCCUCUCCUCUGAGUCGGGGCUGAAGGAUGUUCAUACUCAAGGACAGAGCGAGUCGCCGCCUCCUCGCACCUUAAAUCGAAAGCAAGAUUUGUCAAAGUGUUUUUUUCCUUUUUUUGUAUAAUUUGUUUGCUGGAAAGCGUUAGCUGGUUUACAGGCAGAUAUUUCUUGGAUUAUUCACUGAGAGGCUAAAGAACGGGAAGAACAGGAGUGGAUGUAUGGAGGUUGUUUUUGCUGACAGAAAACCACUGAGGCAGACGACGGCAAAUUCAACAGAGGAGUGGUUGCUAGACAGAAAUGGGAUAACAAUGUUGUAUAAGAGGUUUAUCUUCUUUAGUAACACAUAUAAAAAGCAUUUUUCUUUCAUCUUUCCAGAUUAAUCGCAUGUGGAGCAGUGAUGAGACCCUACGUGGAGGCCAACAUAUCCCAUAAAUCCCACACAACCAUCAAGUACUUCCUGAAAAUGUGGAGCAGCGUCAGCGAGACACUCAUCUUCAUCUUCCUGGGUGUGGCGACUGUGGACGGCCCUCAUGCCUGGAACUGGACAUUUGUCACUGUCACAGUGAUCCUUUGUCUGGUGGCUCGGGUCAUAGGUCAGCUGCUUUGCACUUUUUCUUACAUUCACUUCUUUAAAGGGUGGAGGCUGUGUGGUUUACUGUGUGAAGGUUCAACGGCUGAAACCGCACAAAAGAGGAAGUGUGUUUUAUAAGAGAGUUUGGAGGCUCGUUCAUGAGACAUCUCUGAUAAUAAGUUUAUAUAUAUAUCACCAGAUGAGACAGUCACUCUAGAUUUCCUCACCAAGCGCUUUUACUAUAAUAUAUUUCACAAGAGGCCAUCAAUGCAAAGCAAAAUCAAAGCAGCUCAGUGGAGAAAACUGUAUCACAGGCUCUUUGAAGUGAUUGUAAUUCACACAUCGAGAAUUUCUGCGUUCAAAAAGACCUUGACCUUGCAAAGGGAGCUGGAAAAUAUAUUAAGUUGCCAUCUGGUUUCAUCACACAGCUGACGGCGUGUAAGAGGAACCUCCUCAGAGGAUUUCUAUGUUAACUUCAGACUGUCACAAGCCCCUCUGUCGAUGAUUCGUCAUCCUGGAGAUGUUAGUGUUUUUGAGAAGAGAUAGUAGAAGUGAAAGACAGAUGAGAUGUGUUCAGUCAAGCUGAGAUCUCAUAUGUAUUUCACAUUUGUAGCCCUGGGAUUAAACCGUCUGCUGCUGCAUUGUCACACUCAGUGAUGAUGCCUGUCUCUCUCCCGGCACAUGGAAACAAGUUGAAGAAGUAUUUAAGGCAGGCUGGUUUAGCACUGCGGUUAAAGUGUGUGAAGACGGUCUAAGAAGGCAGACGGGAGGAGUUCUGAUCUGAUCUGUGACACCUUAUCCGUCUUCACUUUCUCCCUCCUAUAAAGGCGUGAAAAGACCUCCUAAAAAGAGGAUCUUUCUCUGUGUUUGCAUGUUUAACUUAUUUCUUGUCGUGCAGCUUAAGCAUGCUGUAGUGCUCCAGUGUAGGGUUUUUGUCCUCAGGGUGAUUGAUUUCUAUUUAGUGUAAAGCAGAAUUCGAUUAAGAGAUUGAAAACAGACUGCGGUUAAGAGUUGUAUUACAUUAAAUAUUACCUAGUCUGUCAGUUAUGAGUGAUCUGUCGAUCAGGUUGGAGUAAAGUGCUUCUCUGGAGAGGGAACCACACUAGCUGUGUUUACAUGGGCACAAAUAAUCAGAAUAAAGGCCUGAUCGGAAUAAAAAAAGUGCCAUGUAAACAUGUGGAUUGGGAGAAUCUGAUCAAAUUCGGCUCAAUCAGGAAAAAAAUUGCUUUCUGAUCGAGAGGGGUGGUUUAUGCCAAUCGUUAUUCCGAAAUGCGUCCAUUUAAACACUUUGGUUUAUUUAUUGAGGCCAGUUCAGGAGGUUUCAUUAUUAACACUCUGGCAUAAAACACAACCGCACGGGCCGUGUCUACUCCUCCGGUAACAUAACAAAGCGUGCAUACAACGUUAUGAUGUCACAUCUACACGCACAGUGCAACCUUUGACAGAAUAGUAAAAUAGGUGAGCAAAGGCGCCAUCUAGUGACAACAUGUAACAGGGGGGAACAUCCUGAAUUGAAUGGAGUGAGCCACUACCGCGUUGUAAAUACAACUCUUCUUCUGUGGUUGUUUUUGCGACUCUAAUCCCUCUAAUCUGAAUAAAGCUUGGUGCAUGGAUACGCACAUCAUAAUCGGAUUAUUUGACUUUGCGCCCAUAUAAGCAGUGGAUUCAGAUUAUCUUAUCCCUCAAAUUUUUAAUCAGAUCAAGAAAUUUUGCACAUGUAAACGUGGCUGUUGAUAGGUUAAUCCUGCUUCACACUAACAAACACACACAGCCUGAGAUCCUCUCAACUCGUCCUCCCCAGGUGUCGUCGGCCUGACGUAUGUGAUCAACCAGUUCCGUAUCGUCAAGCUGACAACUAAAGACCAGUUCAUCAUCGCCUACGGUGGCCUGCGAGGGGCGAUCGCCUUCUCCCUCGGUUUCCUGCUGGACAAAAAUCACUUCCCAAUGAGAGAGAUGUUCCUCACCGCCAUCAUCACUGUCGUCUUCUUCACUGUCUUCGUUCAGGUAAGAGAAAUUAGAGAAAGUCCCUCGCUGACACAUCCAGAAAGUAGAGAGUGAUGGCUUCUUUUUCUCUCCUUGGGUGCAUGUCACCCUCAUUUGCAUCUGUUAACAUCUAUCAUGCUGCUUUCAAAGGAGUAUCUUUUGCCUCAUAAGCCUCGUUUGAAAUUGAAACAUCACUCGUUUGAUUCAUGCACACCAAUACCUUUAAAAAACCAGCGUGUCUCACAGUGCCGUUUUAUUCAGCCCAUUCAGUCAAACACUGUUAAUGAUGUUCCUGCUUGUCAAGCGGAGGACUGAACAUCAAAUACACGUUCAUGUAAUCCCUCAGUGGAUACCGUUUUUUGGUCUCUGUUGGUUUUUGAAGAAAACAGCCCCAGCUGGUUCAGCAAACUGUCAUAUCGGCUCCAACUCUCCAAAGUCCACUGACAGGCAGACAUGCAGGUGUGCUAAUUCAGUCACCAAAUACAGAACACACGCAGAGGGAAUACAAGAACACAUUUAUGAGACUUCUCUCCGAGGAAACACGAAGAUAACGAAACAGCAAAUGAAGGUGAGAUGAGGACAAACAGGCAGUGAUUGUGUCCUGCUAGAUAAAGAGGUCUCCAAGCGCAACGGCAGGAAGACUCUUGGAAUCGAGUUUGACCCCAGAUGGAAACAGCUAAAAUAAAACCUGGAGAUACUCUUUUUUUUUUUUUCCUCCUUAGAGGCUAGAUUAGAAACAUGUUUUAUUCAUGCUGCUGCAGUCUGAUUCGGAGAGAGAUACAGAGCCAAAGAAGGAGGGGGCGAGAUAGGAGGCCUCUUUCACCUGCAGUGUGCAGCCAAAGUGUAUCAAAAAAGCUCAAACUGAGUGCUUGUUUUUAUCUGGCAGAGAAAUAAGGUGAGGUCUUCUUCGCUCUUGUUUGGUUAAUGAUUAGAGUCAGAAAUACUUUGAAUACUUCAGAGGUGUGCAGAGGCGUGGUAUUUGUUUUUGCGCGAGUUAGCUUACUCCUUCUCUGAUCCAGCGUUACGAUAAGUAAAAACUUAGAUUUUCUGGUUUUAGCAGGAGAAGCUUUUUGAUUGUAAGAACUUUUAUCAUGAACAUAUAAGGAGUCAGGUGGUGAUUGAGAAGCUGAAAGCACAUGCGUAUUGCUGCAACAUGCAGAUGACACUCUGCUCUACACCCUGUUUAAACCUGCUACUGCGGUUGUGUCUGACUUUAUUUCCUGUCUGACUAAAACCAAGAGUUGGAUGUCUAAAAUGACGCAAAAGUUACUGUCAUUACACCUCCUUCCCCUAGCUUAUAGCUCCAUCAAUAACCUGUCCUCCAGCCUGGGCGACUUAUCCAAUGUUUGCAAAGAGGCCCACAACCACGGGGACAUUUCUGACUCCUUUCCUUUGACACCCAGGUGACCAGAGUUAUACAGUCCUACUUUACUCAGCUUAGACUGUGAACCAAAAUCAGGUCUUUUCUUUCUCCUCCUGAAUAAAAAAACUUUUUUUAAUGCAUUAGUUUCUUCCAGACUUUAUUCUAGCUUCAGUAAGCAGAACAUACAAAGACUAUAAUUCAUGCAGAAUGCUGCUGCCAGAUUUCUAACACUUGGAAAGAGAGGCAACCAUAUAACACCAGUCCCAGCGGCCCUUCACUGGCUCCCUGUGAGUUUUAAAAUAGAUUUUAAGAUUUUACUGCUUUUUUUAAAGCCUUAAAUGGCUCCACCUUUUAUCUGUAAGAAACUAGCCUGACUGCAGCCUGAGGUCCUUUAGCAGGACCCUUCUCAUGGAAAUCUCUGCCUGAGGAUGUCAGACAGGCAAACUCAGUGUCCUCUUUUAAAUCUCUCCUCAAAAACUCACUUCCGUUGUUCUUCUUUUUCUUGACCACCAGUUUGUUAUAUGUAUCUGACAUCUUAAAUUAUUGCUUAAGUAUUGCAUCUCACUUCUUUGUAAUGUGUUGUAAUCAGUCAUUGAAAGCUUAAUCAACUACAGCCGUUUACAGCUUUUCUUUCUCUACUUGCUGAGCACUUUGUAACUUGUUUUUUAGAAGUUCUUUGUAAACAAGAUUAUUAGUAUUAUUAUUAUUAUUAUUAACAUGGCUGAUUUGGUUCUAAUCAGCAGAUUCGUCCUCGGUCAUACCUGCUGCACUUCUCUACUUGUUUUCUUGCUGCAUUUAAACUCCAAAAUGUCCAAUAAAAGCAGAAAUCAGUCUUUUAAAAGUGCCAAUUUGGUAGUGCUAUAUUGUCAUUACUGUUUUCAUUUUUAUAACAUAUGCCCAGGUGCGAUUUUUUAAGAUAUAUAUGCUUUUAUAUACGACAUCUAUCAUUUAAAGAUGUCUGAUGUUACUUAUGUAAGAGACGACAUAACAACGAGAUGACUACACGUGCUGGUUGUGUUCUGACAUGUUUAAAGUUGCACAUAUGUGCCCUAAGUGGGAGUUGGGCGUUCUGCAUUACCACAGAAUGUAUCUAGUUUAUUAUAGUACAGUAAAGUAACUCAUAUUGUCAUGGAGACCCCAUAGGAGAUAUUUUUUCUGCAUGGAGGUAUUCAAAUGAGCCUGAGACGAGCUGAGCCACGACAGAGCAGGAAUCCUGGGACAUUCACUUUAGGUUAUUACAGUAAACCAGAUGGCCUGUUUAAUCUCUUUAAGAAGCAGAAUGAUACUCUCAAGGCUUUUAAGUGCAGACAGGAUCACACACACACACAUACACAUGCACGUACACCUCUCCUUCUAAUCCAACAGUAACAAACGUCAGUUAUAUUUCACUGAAUUUUUCUGAAUUUCGGUGAUAGGGGACUGGAAAAACGAGGUGUAAUUAUUCAUAGCUGUGAUUCUUGGAAAGCAGCUAUAAAGUCAAGUUUGAAACUGAAUGGAAAGUGAAAAUCUGAAGAGUGUUUUUGGAUGAUUGUGACAUUUCUCAAACAUUUAAUUAAAGCUGUUUACCAAUCAACAUGAGAUGAGUGUUUAGAAUGAGUUUACUCCGAGGUUUUCUUAAAGGGAGCACCCACCAGUUCAGUUUCUAAACACAUUUGUCCUCCGAACACAGUCCCAAAAUGAUAUUUCAAAUGUAUAUAUAUCUCGCUCUGUCUGGUUCAAAAAUCUUUAUGGAAGCAGGUCAGGGUUUCCCCAAGGAUGAGUUUGUUCUUAAAGGAAACAUCUCUGUACCAAAAGUCUGUGAGGGGCACAAUAGAAACACUGAGUUAUAUCAUCUCUAUUUAGUGAUGAUCUUACCAGGAAGUGGUUUUCAAAAGUUGCUGAAAUUAAACUCAAACUGUAACUUUCCACGGGUCUCGCCCUCACAUGUAGGUGUGAGGUUUACAGUUACUGCAACAUGGCUGUUGUGAAAGGUGUGAAAACCUGCUGUGUUGUUUCAUCAGCCAUUAUGAAACAUAUCACGGAGGGAAGUGAGUUACUAAUGAGCUUAUGUUUGACUUUUGUGAAUGAAAACUCUAACUUACCUUUCAGUUCUCUUUAAAAGAACAAAUGCGAUAGAUGGUUAAGAAAUGUGCAAGUCCGCACGUUACCUUUGUGUUUUGCUUCCACACAAAGAGGGUAAUUAGUACAUAUUUCCGGCUGCAGGGUAGCAACAGGUGUGAAUCAGAGAGUCUUAAUUUGCUCUUGUCAUCUUCUUUGAAGGGCAUGACCAUCAAACCGCUGGUGGAGCUGCUGGCAGUGAAGAAGAAACAGGAGGCCAAACGGUCGAUUAAUGAGGAGAUCCACACGCAGGUACGAACCUUUUCCUCCGACUAACCUCAACCUGCAGGGACAGAAAACUGAUUUAAUCGAGUAGUGAGUGAUGGGGUGUUAUGAAAGUACUUGAACACAGCUCUCUUUGGAGCAAUACACAUCAGCUGCCACUAACUGAGAACUUUUAAAGGGCAUUACAUCAUCAUUGUAUACAGGGACGACAGACUGGUGGGAAGUAAAUGCAGAGAGUUUUCCCAGACUGGCAAAGCUGGCACGUCUGUCACUCUUCAUACCAGCAACAUCAGAGCCCUCUGAGAGUGUGUUUUCUGCUGCUGUGACUCACAUGCACUCUCAACUGGGUCCUAAGCAUGUGGUCAUACCUAUUUACUGUAUAAGAAGGAGUGAGCAGAAAGGUGGAUGCUGUGAGUUUGUGAUAUUUGGUAGUUUAGCAAACCAUCAUGAAACACACUUUAAAUUUGCAUCCUUAGUUUACACACAUUAAUACUAGACACCUUUGUUCAUAUAGAUGAUAUAUAAAACAUCAGAUUUUCAAAACAUGUUUCUAAUGAGGUGCAGUGUUGAGCUUUUGCAGUGUAUUCUCCUUUCCUGUCAUUUGUUUACACUGAAAUCUACAGACUGUUUUGAACGACGACUCAUUGAUACAUCAUUAACAAAGCAAAGCAGAGAGGUGCACACACAGUAUCUAAAGACAUCUACUAAAUUUCCUGGUUAUGUGUCAAAUUCCGUCAGUUGUUGGGGGUUAUGUAAAAUAUGACACCCUCUUCCAGUAAAUCCUCUCAGAUCACUUCAUCAAACCUGAACCGCUGCUGCCACCUACUGGUCAUAUCUUCAAACUUCAUUUCAUGUACAGAGACGUGUGCUUCAACAGCGGUCCAGAGGUUAGAAAACAGAUGGCAGCUUUACUGUCCAACUUCCGAACGGAAACUAGUAUAGCCAAAAGGUCAUAUCUAGCCGGAAGGAACCCCCUCAUACACACACGUACACACUACACUCACACACAUACACACAAACACGGAUGCAGAGCUCAUUGUAUACACAGAUAAAGAUAGCCAAUUGCAUCUAUGGCUGACCACAAUAAUAUAGCUUGUAUAUAGAGAGACUCAUACACACAUAUGGACAAAGAUAAGCCUCACACACACACACACACACACACACACUCACAUACACACACACUUACACCCAGCCAUCUCUGUGGCUUUGCAGUAAGUCUCCAGUGCUGGAGGCUAGAAGAACAAACUGUCCUAAUAGGCUCCCCUCCACAGUGACACACCGGUGAUAAGAGCCAACAGAGCUGGCUGAGGAGGACACACUCCACACUCAUACUGGGCGACAACCUACAAAUGAAGUGCUCCCCAGUCAGUCCUCCAGUUUAGAGGAAGUUAUUGUUGAAUUGAUUACAUUUAUUUAUCUAGCAGGUGGCGAGAGGGCACAUCAUCCCCAACAGAAAAUGCUUCAAGUACUCUCAAACACCUGUCAGUGCUGUGAUGGGAACAACAUAAUAACACAGUAUUUUACUCACAAGUAAUACUAAAGAGCGCACAGUGAUAGUGGUACUAAACUAUACUGUGGGUCAAGCUGUUUUUACUUAUGCUUCAAGAAGGUUUGUCCCAUUUAAAGCAGAAAGACACAGUUUCAACAGUAAGUAUUAAUUUCACUCAGAAGAUUAAAAUAAAAAUAUGAAGUUCAAAUGUUUAUACAAAGAUCACCUCGACUCCAAAGAUUUCAGUAAACUUUUAAAACAAAAACAGUCAUGGUCAUUCGCUCCAGUUUGAAAGUACUCAAAUUGGACGGCAGUACGACCACAAAUUGAACAAAAGCUUAAAAAAGUAUUAAUUGGAAAACUUUUGUUAGAAAUGCAAAGAUUUAAAUGGUAAGAAGUUUGAAAACUAAAUAGAAUUUCCCCCAUACUGAUAAAAAAGUCACACAGUAAGUUGUUGACAAGGGAAGUAAAACCAUACAUGUUUUUUUUGUAUCAGAAUAAGUAAGAGGAGAUUUUCUCAGAGUGUUUCCACGUUGUCUUUUAGCUUCAUCUUUCAGCCUCAACACUGUGGAGAAACUUCUCGUCCUCCUGCCCCCACACCGUCAGUCCUUCUCUCUAUAAAUCAGUCUCCUCUGUCAAAGCAGACGUAAAUUCUGUGGCUCCGCUUAAUGACUUGUUCCCAUAGUAACCCUGCCUGUCAGACCGUCAUCUGUAGUCUUGGAACAGCAGGGCGACCUGCAGCCUGAUGCAGUCUGGAGAAUAAGUACAUCACUAUGAUUUUUUUCUGUUUUCCUGCCCUUCUGAGUGGGCGUGCUGCCACUGUUAAUAAACAGAGUCCAAUCAAUCACCUGCACUCUGCUGCUGCUGCUGCUUGUUUUCUCCACGACUCCCGUUAUGAAGCUUGUCACCCACUGUUGAUGAUAAUGAUGUUUGCGGCUGAACUGUAAGAAUCGGUCACUGAGCUCACGUAAGACAUUGUUCAGACAGCUAAACAGAGAGCCUGUUGUAUCACUCAGUAGUGCUGUAAGUCAUAGAAGAAAGCUUCUCCUCCUUCAGGAUAAAAAUAAACUUGAUUUUUCUUCCAAGUUGUGAACUGUUCAUGUGAAAAGUUGGAAAGAAGAUAAAUCAAACCUUGUCUCUGACUGUUAUCGUAAGACAUAUAACUGGAAAGUUGUGUUUUUGGAGAAACUGCACUUUUCUGAUGUGCUUUUAAUGAACUCCAACACUCCACAGUAAAAAGAGGAACGCUUGAGUGUAACUUCCAUUUAAAGAAGAUUUUCUGCUCUUUUUUUCCCCUUCAGUUCCUCGACCACUUACUGACUGGGAUAGAGGACAUUUGUGGGCACUACGGGCACCACCACUGGAAAGACAAGUAUGGAUUGUACAGUUUUCUGACUCUGAAAUUCAUGAUCGUUUGAGUAUAUUUGCAGAUUUUUUCUCAGUACCUCGUUGUCAAAGUUCAAAUGAAGAAAAGAGAGUCAGUCUAUUACUGAGAAACAGUGUGGUAUUUGUAACUUUUGAACUUCACACUGAAAAGGUCGGAGAUUAAUUUUCUGUCAUAUCAGCUAACUGGUUUGAACUUUCAGAAAGCACGUCAAAACCGUGUUUGUAAAUGUGGCAUCAUCAGCUGUUUCUCUCCCUCUUUAUCUUGUGUGCAGAAUGUCCAACAUCUCUGUCUCUCUUCUCACUCCUUCACUCUCAUCUGUUUUCAUCUGUCACUUCCCUCCCUCCUCCUUCCAGGCUAAACCGCUUCAACAAGAAGUAUGUGAAGAAGUGCCUGAUAGCGGGCGAGCGCUCCAAGGAGCCACAGCUCAUCGCCUUCUACCACAAGAUGGAGAUGAAACAGGCCAUUGAGCUGGUGGAGAGCGGAGGGGGAGUCAAGCUGCCGUCUGCUGUGCCUUCCACUGUUUCCAUGCAGUGAGUACUAAGUCACUGUAUCUAAAUCCAAAUCUGUCCGGAGCGAUCACACUCAGAAAAAUAGACCGCCCAAGCCUCAGUCCUUGAAUCUACAAUAACUAUACCUUUUGGCCACCCGGGGGCAGUAGAAACCAGCUCCUGACGCCACUCUUAUAUAAGCAGUCUGACCUUUAAAUUUAAAACUUGGUCGCAAACACUGACUUGUUUUCACAUGCAGCAGCUACAGAGCAACAUUAUCAUUCAUUUUGAGUUGAGUUUGCAGCCACCUGUCCGGUAAUCAUAUUGCAUCUCUCAAAACUCAUACAGGGGGGAAAAAAAAAAAAGGCUUUUAGCUCUUAAAAGCACCGCUGUGCUCCCCGGCUCGUCUCUGUCUGGGUCUGUCUGCUGUUUGGUGCUGAACAGGCAGUAAACAGUGUGCUUUUAGGGAUGUUUUUCUCCGAAAUCACCCGUCAGCUAGGCCUGAAAAGAACACUGAGAGUUAUGAGAGUGAACCAAAACAGGAAAAUGGCAAACAGGAAAGCUUCACGAUGAGAUGAAACUCCAUGAACCUUUUAACCAAAGAGAAAAUUUCUCCUCUUUUCCAGUUAAACAUAAUAAUUGAAAUAUGUUGAUUAGGGCUGGGGGAUAAAGUGAUAAUUAUGUAUAUCGAAAAUUAAUUUCCCACAAUUGCGAUAUAAAACAUGGUCAAAAUACUUUUCAAUAGUCGGCAUUCUGCCAUGUUUUGGUCGACUAUACGAAUAGCCAAUGAAAAGGGGAGUUGCUCAGGGUCCGCUUCGCACUGAACCAAUCGUGCUGAAUUAGAACCAAGUAGCGAACAACUGUAUAGUAGCAGGCAGCAGCUUCACGCAACCAUAGCACUUUAACACGUGAAGCCGACAGCACUGUCGGUGAGAAAAAAAGAAAAUGAGAGCUACCCCCGGCAGAAAUGCAGAUGAAGGCUCAACAGAUGAAGACAUCGUCGGACAUGAAGCAGAGUAAUGUGCACUGCAAAUUAUGUCGAGUACAUGUUUUCGCAAUGGCAAUCUCGCAUGUGCAAUGCAAAAGGUUACAAACCCCGAGCGGAGCAUGGAGCCCGUGGCACCUGUGCAGCCGAAACAGCCGACCAUUCAGUCCGCUUUCUCUAGAUCUCACAGAUGCAGUAGCUUAUUGUGUCGCAAAAGACAUGCUACCAAUAAACACUGUUAAAUUUUAAUCUUUAUAAUAUGAUAUUUAUCGAUAUCGACUGAUGUGAAAAAAAUAUAUCAUGAUAAACUUUUUCCCGUAUCACCGAGCCCUAAUGUUAAUUAUAAUCUCUUCAAAUGGUGUCUGAGACUCUGCCUCUCAAAUCAGGAAUCUACAUCAACUUGUGUGCAUUAUAUUACUUUUGCUCUCACAGGCGUCAUAAGCUGAACAAGUUUGUGUCAAAGGUGUAAAUGCAGCAGGAAGUAUCACUUUUAUUUUAAUGCCUUGUUUCUCAUUAACUAUAACCAACUUUCUUCGUGUUUUAUAUGAAUGUAUGAGGGGAGCUUUAACUAGCCCCUGAGUUUUAUUUCCUUUUAAUGGUUGAGAAGAUUAAACAUCUCUUUCUCUGAACAGUAAUGAGCUGUUUUUUGCGGCGAGUGUUGCACUAACAACUUUAUUAUUACAGCCUUUGUCUCGGGGUUCAUUCACCAGCAGGAAGUCUUUCCUGAUCAUUUCACAGUGUUUGUGUGCAGUUAGCUUCUCUAAAUAGGAGCACGCACCUUAUUGAUGUUGUGUCUGCUGUCAAGACUUGGAUAGUUUGAAUUUAUGAGUCAAAUUAUGGAUCUCCUCAGUGUAAGAAUUGAGAUUGCUCAUCACAGCGAGGAAGACAUUUCUGUAAUUUCCUCCAAACAAAGCUUUGACGAGAUCAGACUUUUAACAAGUACACACAGAGAGAAAUCGUUAAGCCAUCUCCAAGAUAGAAACACUGACCUGUCAAUGAGAGGUGAAGCUAACCCACAGCCGUGCUCUGAGUCCCCUGAUCCUUUAAUACCAGGUGGAAGACUCCGAAGAAGACCGGUCUUUAACUUUGCAGAUGAUCAUAUGUUUUUAAAACACACACAACAUUUGUUUUGCAUAUGUCUGUAAUUUGUUCUGUGCAGAACACAAACUCUGAUCCUCUCCCUUUUUCCCCUUUCUCCUCUCAGGAACAUCCAGCCCAAGAAGCCUCCGCCCGCCAAGCCGGCAGAGAGAGCUCUGCCCCAGCUGCCGAAAGGCCGAGAGGAGGAGAUCAGGAAGAUCCUCAGGAGUAAUCUCCAGAGGACCCGACAGAGGGUAACACAUCUAUAUGAACCCUGGAAAAGAUGAUUACCUGUAGCUGAAAGAUGUUUGUCUGGUAUCACCGGGACGCUACAGCAGAUCAGUUUUCAUAUUGAUUUGGGAUUAUAAAGAAGCUAGUUCUUCUUGCCUGUUCGGCUCAGGUGUAUUGAUUAAUCUUGAGUUGGAAUUAAAUCAGCAGCUCUGCUCUUUUGUUAGUUUAUUUUGCCUUUAAUUAUAAGCAACACUGCUGAAAUGACUCUUUGUAUUCACAGAGAUGUUCCUUAUUUUCAUCAUUACUUUCUUAACUUUUGUUGUUAUCCAGCCACAGAAUCAAAAAUAGUGCAGUGUUUCUUACUGCGCUCUUACACCACCUUUUUCAUCCAUCCUUCCCUCAUCAGCUGCGCUCCUACAACAGACACACUCUGGUGGCUGAUCCGUACGAGGACGGCUUCGGCGACCUUCUCCUGAAGAAGCAGAGGAUGAUCGAGCUGGAGAAGAAGGUACAAUCAUCAUCCUCAGAGAGGGACACGCUUCUGACAUCCAGAAUCAGCGCGAGUCUGAUGUGUUGUUUUGAUGAAUAUUAUCGACACCAGGCCCCCAGUGUGAUUGAACAAAAACACAUUUUGUUGAUCAGUCAGCACUGAAUAGGACAUCUUGAAACACCAAAAGCAGAGAUUGUUAUGCAAUCCGCUUUAAUACAAAGUAGAAGUUCGAUUGCAGGCAGCAGUGUGUGAUAAAUGGGUAAGAAAGCCGACAGAUGCAGAGCGGCUCUUCUCAUUUCAUAGCACCAGCAGUUAAAUGAUUCAGCCAAAAUGAUGAUUUGUGUUCUAAUUAGAGUCCACCUUCAGUCUGGGCUGAUUUAUUCUUACGCUCGAGUGGCCCUACAGCAGCACAAACUUCCAUUUCAUCAGCCAGUAAUUACAUAAUGAAAACAGACUGUUGUUUUUGGGUAAAGGGAAAGUGCCGAGGGGCAGGGUUGGACUCAGGAGGAUUUCUGCACAACAACACAAAAGUUUAAUGGACUUUUUCUGAGAUACGGAUCGAUGCAGAAUUACUGACUUAUAUAGUUUGGAUUCAGUAUUUUGGGAUCAGCUUCAGGGGAGGUAUUUCACGUUAUAUUUCAUCCUAAACGGUAUUGAAUGUUUAAAGGACUAAUGCUGUGUUCCAGUUACCUCAGAAGUCGGAUGACGGAGCUGGGAAUGACGCUACCCCCAAGUUGACGGCGUUCUAGUAAACAAGUCGGAAAACCAAGAUGAACGUCUACAGUUAGUUGUUGUUCGCUGUUGUUUACAAUUGUCAGCUGCUGUCGGCCAUCGUCAGGUGUUUUUAUGCUGCAUUCAAGUUACCGCGGAAGUCAGAUGUCGGAGCUGAAAAUGAUGUCAGAUCCAGUUUUCCAGCGAUUCAGUUACUGAGUCGGAAAAAAGCAAAAUCGGAGGCCUGAAACAAGAUGGCUACAUUUACUUGAGUUAUUUUAAUAUAACUAAAAUAACUUUCGCAGAUGUAGCCAUCUUGUUUCAGCCUCUGAUUUAGCUUUUUUCCAACUUGGUAACUGAAACGCUGGUAACUCGAGUGUGACGUCAUUUUCAGCUCGGACUUCUGACUUCCAAGGUGACUCGAACGUAACUUGUUGUUAGCUAUACCAGUUGUAAACAACGCAUAACACAAUAUUUUACUCUCACAAUAACCAUAGCACUGUGUUCACAGUUGAAUGUUGGGCAGCACAACAUAAACCACUUAAUUAAUUUCACAAAAACAAACAAAAGUGCUGAUAAAUAAUACAUUACGAGAGCUUUCACUGUUACUCUUUACUGUUGAUGUACUGCGCUGCCAUCUUGGAUUAUGAAGUUGUCAAGUCGGGGUUGGUGAGGAUCGUCUGAUUUUCAGAGUCAGAAAUCUGAUGAAUUCCAGAUAAAGUUCUGACUCAGAGCUCGGAAAUUCCGACUUCUGAGUACGACUGUAUCGCAGCAUUAGAUCACGUAACAUCAUUUUAAGACUCCCUGUGUUUUCUUAGAUCAAAGACAUGAGUAACUACCUGACGGUGCCGGCUGCUCCUCCAGACUCCCCGACCAUGUGCAGAGCCAGACUGGCCUCAGGUAAACACAUCCAUCUCAGCUCACCCCAAAUGCAAACACUCGACUAUUCCACUUCCACUAUUUUUACACGGCAGGAUAAAACUCACCCCGUCGCUAAUAGCACCCACAGGGAUCAGACACCGACACUGUCACAGCACAUCACUCCUGCAGCGACAGAUAUUUCCCCCCCACCUCUGAUGGAAAUAUGUCUGCACGUGACGGCCGGCAUGUAAACAAGUGUGUGGUUUUUAUUUUAGGCAAAGAUACUGAUUUCAAACCUGCUCAGCAGCAGAAAGGGAGCAAAGUCUGCCCAGGUAUGUGGCGAGUGUAGCAGGGGUUCCUUUUGAGCUGUGAUAACCCAGCAGAGCCUAACAUGCAUGGAUCAAUCAUUUUUGCUUGUUAACAUUCAUUAACUGAUCAUCACUAAUGAGGGACUCAUGAUUGCAAGAAGAAAGUCAGAUGAUUUAGAGCCGCUAACUUUUUGCUGUUUAGAGUCCAGCAUGAUAUAUUUUUGAUAUUUCAGCUUGUGUUCCCAGGUGUUACUGAAUUGAGUUUUGUUUUUAUAGCAUGUGUUGCAUUGUGAUGUACUUUGCAUAUUUAUUGUUGUGUUGUGAAAAACUGUAUUUCAAAGUGUUUUGGAGCCUCCUGUGGUUGAGUCUUCUCAGUGGUUGCAGUCUUCCCCCCGUUAUGUUCACGCACCUUGCAAGAAUGACAGAAUUUUUACAGCCAUGCUCAUGCUAACUACCUGAUAUCGCACCCUUGUCCUGCCUGUAGACCCCCAAGCCUACAGCAUGAAGCAGGGCUCCGAUGGUGUGCCGACUAUCCACGUAGACCUGGCCUCCCCUCAGUCUCCAGACUCGGUCAACCUGAUGGAUGAGUUCAGACAGGCCAGCCAGCAGCAAGAGAAGGACGAGGACCAGGGCCUGAUGAUGAAGCCUCCCUCCAGGCCCACCGGACGUAGAAAGCCCGGUGAGACAGACGCAGACAAAGACCAGCAGAAGCUGAUGAGGUGCCUGAGCGACCCCGGUCCCAGUGCAGAGGAGGACGAGGACGAGGACGAGCCCUUCCUGCCUUGAUUUGCAGGAGAUGGAGGGGGUCAGACUGACUGCAUGCCCGCCAUCAACUGGUCAGAGGGGCUGCGUCACAGCUCUGCUCAAAAUAAUCUCCGUGGUUCAGAAACCAAACAAGCCAAAACUGCUGAUGCUGUACAAACCUGAAGGAGAAAGGCGAGUGAGAGUAAAUCAAAAGAGCCAUUCGUUUAUUAUUGUCAUCGCUCUUUAUUUUUUCAGACAGGAAUGAAACAGCAGCUGCUGCUACCGGAGACGGUUCGAUAGUCUGAGACAUUCAGGAAAGAACUAUGCAUUACCAAAGGUUUGGACUGUUUUAGUGUCAGAAAAUGUCAUUUUUACUUCAGUUUUUCGAUCGUUUGUUCUUUCUCAAUGAUUGCAUCGAUGAUGGUUUUAUGUUUGUUUAUGAUUUUACCUUUUCGUGUCUCCAAAGCCUCACACGCUGAGAAAUGCUGGACUUAUUGUCCGACGUGAAAUCAAAAAGAAACCUUCAGACUAGUUUAGCACUUAUUUUAAAGCUGUACGUGAAAAUCUUUUCUUCUGUCACUUGAAAUUGCUGGAUGUUCAAUCUUUAAGAGUGUAGCUGUUUUAAGAUAUUUGGCCUUAUUUUAUGUCAGACCUUUUUCACUCGGUGCAUUUUUUUAUCAUUUUUGAAAACGUGCUUUAAGUUCAGGGGUUUAAAAAAUAUCCUCCUCCGCUGUUGCUGCGUCGACGGUUAAGAGCUGGGCGUGUUUAGUGUCUGCGUGAAAGAACCACGGUUCAUGGAGACAUGAAGAAGGGAGUAACGUGGACGGGUGUGAGUUAAGGAAACCUGGGGACGCAGCACAGAUGUAUUGAUGUCAGUGAAAAUGUUUGAUCCCCGGUUGAUUCACGUUUAUGUUUUUAAUGUUUUACCUCAACUUCAAAACUCCCUUUAAAACUCACUCUGGUCGGGGUCGAGUUGUUCUCACACAGGUUGUACUGAUUAAGUGCCCAUCCGACAGUCACUUUUAUUGUUUUAAACCUUAACCAUGAAUACUUUCUGGGUUUUUUUACAUAUCUUUUCAUUGUUUUGUUUCCUUUAAGGCCUUUAAAGAAAGUAUUUAUAUUCCACUUCACUGUCCGUCACACGAGAGACACACAGAGUGAGAGGUAGUUUGUACACUCUGGGCAUGUCAUGGCAAAAAAAAAAAAAAGUUAUUCUAUGCAGAUCAGAAAUGUAAAAUAUGUAAAAUACUGAUAGUAUCCUAUAUUUAUGAAUACCCUUUAAAACCAGAAACUUGUAAUCUUGCAAACACGCGACACAUCGAAGCGAAACACUGCAGAGGAACUCCAACACGGGCAUUACAGUCAACACUCACAGGAUGAUGGAGGUUUUAUUUUGCACAUGAAGCCGGACUGAAAAUCAUCUGCAGGCAUGAAAACGUAGUUUAGGGUUUUUCAUUCGCUGUACUGUGUAAUGUUGUACAGUGUGUAAUGAUAUUCAGUGUUUCUCUUCUUGCACUCACGGCUCCUUAAUCGAUUGGAAAACAACAGAAAAUGUCACCGCUAACGUCGUGAUGAUUUACUGAAUUGAUGGUAAACGAUCGAUACGGUUAUUUUUUGUUGUUGAAAGUGCCACCGUCUGAGAACAGAUUAUUAACACACAAGUAUUCUUGAACCCAAGCUAUUACCACUCCUCUAUAUUGUAUCUCCCUGCAGGCCAAAGAGCUCCCUCUACUAAGCGUACAUAACCAUUGAACACAGCCCGUCUCUUAAGUAGGCCGAUUGAUUCACCGUUCAUGUUUCCAAGGCCUGAGUGACCACUGAACCCUUCCUCAUCCUCUUCCACCCAGAGAUCUCACAUUACAGCCGAGAUAAACCAGCAAAGUGACCCCACAGGCUCGUUCAUCUACGACUCCUCCUCCUUUAAGCAGCUGUAAUUGUAAACUGUUGUUCUCCGGGUGUUGUAGAAGAGGUAAGAGGAUAUUGUCUAUGUGCUCACAUGCACUCAUGCAAACUUGCACCAUUUUCAAGAGUGAUAAGUCCUCUCUUUUCCUGCUCCACAGUUUUUAAAAGUCGGAUCGCAGCCGAGAGAGCUCAGAGGGUCAAACCUUUCAGCAUCUCAUUCCCCUGUCUGCUCCGAACUGAAUUUAUAGUCUGAAAUGUCAGCGUAUAUGACAUAAAGUUAGAGCUGUACUGAAAAUAUCAUCAAGGACAGGUUUAAGGUGAGGAGGCUUGUUUAAAACCAAGUAGAAAGCAGAACUUUCCCCAAUCCUGAAAAAAUCCUUGCUGAAGGGAUGUUUACAUGCUGCAAUAAAUCUAUGAUGUUCUUAAAUGGACUGUAAAUUACACCUACAGAAGCCCAGAGAGAGAGAGAGAGAGAGCGAGAGUUCUCUCCAUCUGUGAAUGCACACUAUUUCAUUUAUUCUUCCCAGAUGCUCACUGAUUCACUGAUUUGGCUUCUAUUAAACUGCAGCUUCUGUCUUUUUCCUUAACCGCCCCGCAGAGACUGAUAAGAACAUUUCAGAAAGGUUGCAGCUGCAUUUUCUGUACACUCUCCUACUUCAGCGCAUGUUACUGCGUGAAUGCAUAAACGUUAUUCUUUAUACUUAGUGCAGGCGUAUUUUUCAUGACAGAAUUGGCACAAGAGUCGACACAAAAAGCCUCCCAUUUCAAAUCAGACUUUUUUAUUUUCUCACCAGAAAAAAACAAAACAAAACACUAUUUUCAUAUUUAUUCUCUUGACACCAAACACGUCAAAUGUUUGGCACAGAAAACUUAAAUCUGAAGCCAUACAGCCUAUCGAAGAACCUGCUUUAUUGUAUAUAUAGACUGUAAUGUCAUCUGCAUACAGCAUGAUUUUUGCCUUUCUGUUUGAAUGACUCAUGACGUGAAAGUUUCGCUCUACAGCUCAGAAUUGUUUCAAGUUGUGUGUUGGACUGAAUACGUCGACACUGUUGAUGCACCAGCAUUCACUGCAGCUUUAAGUUCAAUUUUCACUGUUUUGCUUUGAUACUGAUGUGCUUUAUCUGUUAUUUUGCCUCUACGGAGAUUUCUGAGUCCCGUACUCUUCCUAUCAAGUGCUUUAUCUGCAUCAUGUGCUUUGCAUCACUUUCAUGUGCUUUACGGAGGUUUUAAGGCGUCAUUGUGGGGUUAAACCAUCUCAUGUUUACUUUAAACUGCACUCCAAAGACAUCUAUCACCAAAACUUUAAACUGGGGGAUUCAGACUCGAGUAGAGAGAGGCUGAAAUUACAGCUACAAACUGUAAUCAGAACAGUUUAAGAGCUUUACUCUCAAACUCAGUGCUCUAGAAGUUAGGUUUCAUCUAUUACAAUCAGCUACAAAUGUUUGUUUCUCUUCAUGUAAGGCCAAACUGGUGUUUUUGCAUGUUACUGGAUUUUAUUUGUGUCGCUAGUUUACAUGUUUGUGGUUGUUUCCAUUCAUUUACUCGUGCAAAAAUAUGUUUUUAGGACUUACUAAUUGAGCAGGAUUUAGGUCUGCUACAUUUCACAACAAACGUCUUUUUUUCCAAAUUUUUUCCAGCUCAAGACCGAACUAUAAUGAACAGAUAAUGUGAGGCUUAAGUGAUCCCCUUUGAACAAACUUAAUAGAUGUGAAGCAAAGUUUAAAACAAGGAGGACUUUGUCUAACACCCUUCUGCAGCUUAGUGAGCGAUCUGGUGACACAUGAGGAGAGGAUUUUGUGCUAAAACAGCAGCAGCUGCAGAAAGAUGCUCUGCUUAGACAAUGUGUAAAAGGAGUAGUGCAAUCUUUUUCCACACAUCACUCCCACUUAAAUUAAUCUAAAACUGAAAAUAAGAAGAGCCACGAUAAACUGAAGGAUCAGUUCAACAACCAGGAAAAGGUUGAAAGUGUGUCAAUAUUGUUUUAAGAUUAAAGCUCCUGUAAGGAAUUUUCACUUUGAGUCAAUUUUGGUGCCCCCCUGUGGACGAAGCAGUCUUCGCUUAACUUUUCCUCAAUAUUUAUUAUGACAAAGGAUUAAAAAUUAUCCUUAAUCUUGAGUAUUUUAUGUGGAAAAUGUGAAAACAGCUGUUUCUUCAGCUGAUUAGCUGACACCUACCCCCGCACACCAGUUUCAGGCAUCAAAAAGAAAAGAAAAGUUUCUUUAGUCUUACUGCCGAUGGUAUUGUUCAUUUUUUGAUAUCAUGAAAAGGCAUCAACAUGAAUUUCAGUCUAUAUCAUAAAUGUCAAAAAACUCCUCACAGGAGCUUUAACUGAAUGAAUAAAUGAAUUAAAAUGAAGGGUAGCUUGCAAAGCCUAAAAAAAACCCCAAAUUUUCGACACUACAGUAUACUUUAAAGAAUAUUUGUGUUUACUUGAUAAUGUGCUACAGGAGCUGAAAUCUGCAAAAACACUGGCAUGUUCCUUUACAGUAAGAUUUGACCAGCCUCACUUAUGGUCACAUCGCAGAUAAACGUAAGAUAAACACUGUUAGAUGACACAGGUAGUAACCACAGUGUAACACACGUAAAUCACAUAUCACUCCCACACUGUCAUUACUCCAACACCCGAAGGUGUUCCCCUCCCUCGUUUGCAUCUUCAUCCUCUAAUUUGCCUGAUCCUCCUCCUCUGAUCCUCCAUCCUUUUACUCCACAGUGAGCACUUUAUCAAAGCUGUACCUUUAUAUCAUACUCCUACAUUAGACAGCAAUAAGUGGCUUUAAUGCAGUGUACACACGGUGCAUGAUGAUCAGGUGAAAGGGAACAGGAAUGUACUUAAUGACGGGCCUUAUUCACAGGGAGGGGUUGGUGUUUCUGCCAUGGUUGAUGAAUAUUUAACGAUAAUUCUCUCAUCAUCAUCGUAGUCUCUUUUGUUUUUCUUCAUGUGUUUGUUGAAUUUAUGUCUCAGUCAGCUGUUUGCAAAUUUGAAUUUUGCAAUAAUUUAAUUUGUUAUUCUAUGUCUACAUAAAUGGGAUUAUAUAUGAGAUCAAAAAGUAUAUAUAUAUGUAUUAGAGAUUUGUCAUCAUCAAUAAUGUAAACCCGAAUCUGAGAGAUAACAAGUGUGCACUUUCCUCCCGAUUCAUCCUUAGCUUUCAGCAUUCCACUCCUGUAAUGACAUCCAGUAAAAAAAACUAACAACAGAGAUUAAACCACAUCAGAUAUUAUAUUCCAGAUUAAAGAUCUACUUUAUAGCAAACCUCUGAC